AUGCUACAGUACCUCCUUCGCCAGACAGGGUACCCAUGGGACGCAGAUGUAAUCAACUUACGUGCUGCAUUAGUAGGCAUCACGACUCCGUCAGUUUGGAGCAAAAUAUCCUUGGCAGCUUGUCCAGUCGUGUUCAGCGAUGAAGAGCGAGAGGCUGCAAUCGCGGAAUCGCAGGAGUGGAACGAGUCUGAACAGCUAUUAUCCCGUGUUAGAGAGCACCUCAACAUCGACCUGGAAGGCGGGACCGACCCGGACAACUUUGAGAGGGCAGUGGAGGGCAAUCACCAGUUUCGAAUGGAAAUGGUCAGGCAAGCAGAGGCGGACCAACAGGAGAUCUGUUGGCGUAAUUGGCCGUAUAAGGAUAAAUAG